AUGGCUGACAUUACCUCUCCUCCUCCAAAGCACUGGGCUGUUCUAAUCGGAAUAGACUUCUACAAGAGUGGUGAUCAUCUUAACGGAUGUGUCAAUGACGUGACGGCAAUAAAGCAUCACCUGGAAUCAGGGCCUAAUCCAACAGAUAUCUCAGUUCUUACUGCAACGACACCUUCCACUUCGACCCCUCUCGGCCCAUUAGAGCAUCCAGACUGUUUACCAACAAAAGAGAAUGUGGUUAAGAAGCUAAAGGGAGUUCUGGAUUAUGCGACACCGGGUGACUUUGUAUACAUUCACUACUCAGGACACGGUACCAAAAUUGAAACCCAGCUUGACCUCCGAAUUGAAAAACAUCUUGCUCUCGUCCUCUUUGAUGACAACAAUCAUGGUAUAUACUAUUUGCGGGGCACAGCGCUAGCCAAUAUUCUCGACAAAUUCGUAAAGAAGGGGCUCUUAGUUACACUCGGUCUUGACUGCUGCUUCUCAGGCAGUGUACUACGAACCGACGACAUUCGUGGUACAGCUAUUCGGUCUAUUGAUUAUGACCCAUCUACCGAGGACCCGGUCUCAGGAGAACAUUAUGCGAACCUCAUGGAUAUAUGCAACUCCGAUACCGCCUUUCGCGACUCAACUUUGCUUUCAGAUCGAUGGAUUAAGAACCCAGAGGGUUAUACAAUCCUCUCCGCAUGUGGUCCACAGGAACUCGCACAUGAACUGAAAAUGAUUGAUACUGGGCGACGGAGAGGAGCUCUCAGUUAUUUUCUAAUAGAAGCGUUAUGCGCUUUACGAACGCAUAGGAUAGAAAUAACUAGCGAAUCUCUAUAUGAGCAGUUACGUGUGAACUUUCGCGCGUCUUGGCCGCAGCAAACCCCGAUGCGCUACGGAAACAGGAAGCUAUCCUUUUUCGGGAGACCCAUCACUGAACCGAAUGUGCCUACUAUUCAUGCCUAUUUUAGAAAGGGUAUCCUGUACCUAGAUGCAGGAGAGGCGCAUGGCGUCCAUGCUGGGUAUCAAUAUGCUCUGUAUCCACUUGAUUCAAUAGAGGAUGUUACUAGUCAGCCCGAAGAGACAUCAAUUAUAGCUCAAGUCAGAACGGUCAAUGCGCUGGUAUCGACUUUAGAGCCAUCUACGACUUUACAGAAGGUCCAGACAGGUUGGAAAGCAAAGCUAAUUACGUCUGUCUUGCAUCGAGCAACCCCUAUACGGCUUUUAUCAAGUGUCUACAGUCAGAUCCAACGCAAUAAGGCUUUGGAACACCAAUACAUGCAUAUUUGCGCUUCGGAUGAUGAUACCGAGGCGUGCAUGUUUAAUGUUUUGCUUAACGAUCGGAAGGAAUUUGAGAUCCUGAAUGGAUCGCUCCAAAAGAUUCACAAUCUACCAACAAUUCCUCUAAGUACACAAGGAUCUGAGCAUAAACUCAUGAAUAUUCUGGAGCAUAUUGCACAGUUCAAAUAUGCUGAAGCAAUUGGAAAUAAAAUGCCUAACUCUUCUUUCGAACACUCGUUUUCACUUCGUUCAUAUGUUGGCACAAACGAGAAAAGUAGGUCAAGCGUCCUUCAGGUUCAGCAUGGCGGCAACUGGCAUCUCGUGAUUGAAAAUCGCAGCCAGGCACCCUUGUACUUGGCAAUUUUCGACUUCACCCCAUCCUGGAAGAUCGAGAACAUAUUAUCGGCUGCGGGUGACGGUGGAUUCUUGGUGAUAGAUGGUGGAAAGACAAAGGACUUGCCAAUUGACAUGGAAAUUCCCGGAUUCCUCCUCAGUCAAGGUAGAAAGAGCUGCGAGGAGGUGCUGAAAGUCUUCCUUACAACUAAACCAACAAAUUUUCCAUCCAUGAUCUUAUCUGAAAUUCCUCUUGAUUCUGCGUUUUACCGUGGACAAGUUUACGAGUCUCAUGACACGUUAUCGGCGUUUAUUGAAAGACUAACAACCACCUUUCGGGGCCAAGAUCCUGGACAAGAGGCAUGGACAACUCAGAACUUUAUUAUAACCACUACUAAAGAAUGA